AGGCGCGGCUCGAGCGGUGCUUGAGCCAAGCGGCUGUAGACCAAAAGGUUCGACGGUCGUGACCGCUCGCGUCCAGGGCCGGCUCCUGCAGGGGGGGGCACGCGCCGGCGGCGGCCGCCUCCGCAUCCCAGCCGCGGGGGGGGGCGGGGGAGCGGGCGGGGGCUGCGAUGGCCGAGAGCGCGGCCGCCGCGGCGGUGGACCUCGGCCACGCGCUGGACUUUGAGGGACCGCCUGUCUACUACAACAAGGCCGACUACAUUCAGACCGCUUCUGGCAACAAGGUCAGCCGCCAGUCCAUCCUCUGCGGCUCACAGAACAUCUCUCUGGCCGGCAAGUCUAUCGUGAAGCCAGGGGUUGUGCUCCGCGGCGACCUCCAGCUCCUGCGCAUAGGCAAGUUUGUUAUCAUUGGCGAAGGCAGCGUGCUGAGGCCCUCCUACAAGAAGUACAAGGGCAACUUCAGCUUCUUCCCCAUGACGGUCGGUGACCACGUCACGAUCGGGGCGCGGAGCAUCAUUAGCGCAGCGCAGAUCGGCUCGUGCGUGAGCAUCGGGGAGGACUGCGUCAUCUCCAAGCGCUGCAUGGUUAAGGAGAACUCGGUGGUCCUCCCGGGCACGGUCCUGCCGCCCGACACGGUGGUGCCGCCCCUCACCGUCUUCGGCGGGCACCCGGGCCAGUACCUUGGAGACCUGCCGGAGUCCACCGCCGCGCUGCAGAAGCAGCAGGCGGCGUCCAUCUACAGGCGCUUCCAGGCCGACCCCACGGCGCGCAAGGCCCCCGCGGCCGCGGCCGCGAAGCCCCCCGCCGCGCGCCCCGCGCCGGCCGCGGAGGGCGCGGCCGCCUGACCGGCGCCCUGGAGGGGCGCGCCCCGCGCGAGCAUCGGGAGUGGGGGGGGAGGGGGAAACCAUGCGAGAUCGCCGCUUGUCGCCACUCCUCAGCUCACUGCCACCCCGUGGCCGCUGUGACCCCCGCCCUCGCUCCGUGCCGCGGCACCCUGCGCCGCGAGAAGGCGCCAGGGGUGCCGGGGGCCCGCGGCCUGCGCGCGCGCAGCGCCCCUCUCGCCAAGGCAGCGUGACUCUCGGCGGGGAAACGGUGCGCGCGCGCGGGGGGGGGCCCGCCCAGGCCCUGGCGCUGCUCGCCUGUCGGGCGUUGCGUCAUGGGCGGCGGUAAGUGGCAGCCACGCGCAGAAGGGGGCGCCGCCAACUGGCGCUGCUCGCCUGUCGGGCGUUGCGUCAUAGGUGGCG